AAUACCUUCACGAAGAAAAGGAGAGAGAGUUUGAAGAACGAUGUGUAUGAUAUUUGUGGGAAGGUCAUGCUCCUGGGGGACUCCGGCGUUGGCAAGACAUGCAUUCUGAUGAGAUUCCGAGAGGGACGGUUCCUUGCUGGGAAUUUUAUAUCCACUGUUGGGGUGGACUUUAGGACCAAGGUUGUUUCAAUAGACAAUACAAAAGUUAAGCUGCAAAUAUGGGAUACUGCAGGACAAGAACGGUUUAGGAGUGUCACACACGCUUAUUACAGAGACGCACAUGCACUCUUACUCCUGUAUGACGUCACAAACAAAACGAGCUAUGACAACAUCAGAGCGUGGCUGGGGGAAAUCAAAGAAUACGCACAAGAUGACGUCGUCAUCAUGUUGUUAGGCAAUAAGGCUGACUGUGGCUCAGAAAGAGCAGUAAGGAGGGAAGAGGGAGAACGACUAGCGAGAGAAUACAACGUGGCCUUUAUGGAAACUUCCGCGAAAAGCGGACAAAAUGUUGAAUUGGCUUUCAUGGCUGUGGCUAGGGAACUCAAAUAUCGUCAGAGCGGCCAAAAGGACGAAAACAAGUUUAGCGUGCAAGACUACGUGAGGGAGAAGCAAAAUGGAAAACCUGCACAAUCUUUCACCCAACAGCAACAAUGCCCCCAAUGUAGCACAAACUAGAUAAAGCCUAAAAAUAUAGCCUGUGUAGAUAUUAUGUGCACAAAAAUGUCGCUUUAAAAACGUAGGGCGGAAGGUGUAUUAUAAAGUAACAAAGUAGUGAGUAGCUACGUUGGGUUAGCUUCAAGGAAAAAAAGAUCGUUAGGUAUUUAAAACUUCGGAAUAAUGAACGAAAUGCUCCCAGUUAUACAAGAUGUAAAUAGAAUUUCCAUUGCAGAGCGACGACUCCUUAAUCGGCAAGGAAUUUAAGAGAGAGGUAAUGUCAAUAUACCUUAUUUUUAUUGUUCAAGGUUCUUUAUUCCUUAGCGCCGUUUGUAUGAUGGUAUUGAACAGAUACAGAGGGAGAGUACCUACAGUGGACCCCCGAUAAUUCGGCCCCUGUCUAAUCCGGCGCCCCCUGUAAUCCGUC